AUGAUAAAGACCUCACUAUGGCUCAGAGAAAUGGCAGAUCUGAGGAGGAAUUCCAGGUGAAGAUUAAAGAGGAGGAGAUCCCUGUAGAGAUCCACCCAGGAACCUCCAUGACUCAGAGAAAUGUCAAAUUUGAGGAAGAGGAGGAAGAACUCCAUGUGAAGAUUAAAGAGGAGAAAGUACCUGUAGAGAUCAGCACAGGUGGAUACACAGAGGGACCCCCCACUCCUCCUCACCCUGUAGGCAACGUGAACACGGAAGACGGCCUGACACAGAAUUUUCAGGAGGGAAAGAAGAUCAAAGUUGAGGUGAAAGAAGAGGUGGAGACAUCUAUGGAGAUUGGCGCCGAUGGACAGUACACAAGAUCUGUGACUCGGGACAUGAAGGGGGCGAGUGGUGGAGGUCACGUCCUUCCCAAACCGCUGAGCCGUGAAGAGAAGUUAGAAAUACUCAGACACAAGUUGUUGGAAAAUAACAGGUUCCCUUGGGUGGAGGGGGGCUGCUUUCCUAGUAACCCCAGACGGGACCCCAAUAACCCCGAUCCCAUGGAGGACAUACACACACAUAGGAUUGGUCACACAGACUGGUGUUCCUGCGGCAAUUGUAUCCCAUUACCUACAGGACGAGAGUCCGUCUGCUGCAUGGAGAUCCGAGGAAUGCGGCCUCACCUGGAAGGAAUCUCCUGCAUAACCCAACAUCCGUAUUUUCCCUAUUUAUGUGAAAAUAAAGACUUUGCCCAAAUUCACCAGAACAUGAUGUACGGCCUGCGCUCCAAAAUUCCAAAGGAAAAAAACAAGAAAAGGGCCCUCAGAAAAGCGGCUUAUCAGGCAUUCAGUGUGUGGAUCCACGGAGCGCUUGGGAAGAAAGAAGAGAGACCGAUCCCGGCAUGUACCGUACACCGAGUCCGAUUGGCCUUCCUGGGUGCAGACUACGCCACGGCCUACAAGGAUUAUCCCGCUGAGCACAUGAUCUUCUGUUAAACUCUUCCUCUUCUAUGGAAAUCUGUGUUUUUGUCUAGAUCUUGUUAGGGAGAUUUGCCAGUACUUCCUGUCCUAGGUGAAGCCACCUAUCCCAAGAGAGACACAGAGAGACGUGAAAACAACCUAUCCCAAGAGGGACACAGAGAGACGUGAAAACAACCUAUCCCAAGAGGGACACAGAGAGACGUGAAAACAACCUAUCCCAAGAGGGACACAGAGAGACGUGAAAACAACCUAUCCCAAGAGAGAAACAGAGAGACGUGAAAACAACCUAUCCCAAGAGGGACACAGAGAGACGUGAAAACAACCUAUCCCAAGAGGGACACAGAGAGACGUGAAAACAACCUAUCCCAAGAGGGACACAGAGAGACGUGAAAACCACCUAUCCCAAGAGAGACGUGAAAACCACCUAUCCCAAGAGGGACACAGAGAGACGUGAAAACAACCUAUCCCAAGAGGGACACAGAGAGACGUGAAAACAACCUAUCCCAAGAGAGACACAGAGAGACGUGAAAACCACCUAUCCCAAGAGAGACACAGAGAGACGUGAAAACAACCUAUCCCAAGAGGGACACAGAGAGACGUGAAAACAACCUAUCCCAAGAGGGACACAGAGAGACGUGAAAACAACCUAUCCCAAGAGGGACACAGAGAGACGUGAAAACCACCUAUCCCAAGAGAGAC